UCCUGUCAACGUGCACCUGGCCAGGCCCCUCCUCAUGAUGCGAUGCUCAUCUCUGAACGCCUUAGGGGAGGAACCCUGCCAGCUUGCGGCCAGCGUCAUAUGCAGGGGAAGAUCAUGGGAGGCGUGGAUACCCUCGAGAAAAAGUGGCCGUGGCAGGUCAGUGUGCACUAUGCCGGCUUCCACAUCUGUGGGGGGUCCAUCAUUGAUGAAUACUGGAUCCUGUCAGCCGCCCACUGCUUUGACAGGAACAAGAUUACUGAAGCAUUUGAUAUAUAUGUGGGCCUUGUGGACCUCAGAGUUGCAGGCAGUCACACCCAAUGGUUUGAGGUGAAUAAGGUGAUCAUACACCCCACAUACAAAGUGUACCAUCCUGUUGGAGGCGACAUCGCUCUGGUGCAGCUGAAAACUCGCAUUGUGUUUUCCGACUCUGUGCUUCCCAUCUGUAUUGCACCCCCAGAUGUGACUCUUUCGAACCUUUCUUGCUGGGCUACAGGAUGGGGAUCCAUCUCCCAACAAGGAGACACUUCAGACAAGCUGCAGGAGGUGCAGCUGCCUCUGAUCCCAUUGCGCCUAUGCCAGCUGCUCUAUGGACACACGUCGUACAUUCUGUCGGACAUGCUGUGUGCCGGGGACCUCAGGGACAUGAAGACUGCAUGUGAGGUGGAGUGCCUGCUGCUGUGGUCGCAUUCUCCUGCCAGCCCUUAUGCUGAGGAACUCUGUCCCAGAAAGGCGCCUGUACGCUCCAAGGCAUGCACCCUCUCCCCAUCCGGAAGCUUUAUAGGAGGCAAGGUGGAGGCAGCCAUCACAUGGACCCUACACCAGGCCCAAGGAUCUCAAGUGCCAGCCCAAAGGCCUGGCUCCCGGGAGGCGGCCGCCGGGUCAGAGCACAUGUGA